UUACGUCAGCUGCCAUCGUGUCGGGAUUGGAAUGUUAGAGUAACAAUCGAAACAAUUGAGCAUUUGGUAAUUGGACACUAGAAUCAAGGAAUCCUGUUUUUGUACCGAUUUCAAUGUAUUUGCAAAGUCACAUUGUUACAGUAAAUGCUGUUUGAGGUCGUUGCGUCCAUUUCUUCGAUUGUAACAAGCUCCUAUUCUCCGAUGAGAUUAUUUUUGCGUUGUAUGAGGUCUGUCGGGAGAUUAAAACAUAAGAGAAAUGCAGGGAUUCGUGAGGCUACAGUUGCGCCGAUGAACUGCUCUUGUUCUACCACGGCUUCCUCGUUCGGUCAUUGAACCGUGGAGUGAAAUAUAUCGCCGGAGAGAGCGCGAGGAGUCCGCCGAAUUAUACUCCCGAGACGUCUGGAUCUAAAAGCCGACCUCACCGAAGGCUUUAAACCACAGCCAGCGUGUUAACACAUCUUAACCGUGGGAUACGUUCUUCUGUGUUGGCCAAGGCAGGAAAACCACAUGAACCCCUGCCGCUACUCUACAGGGGAAAGAGUUGGUAAAACGCUUCGGGCAUCUCUAACCCGGCGCAGUUUUACAUUUGAAUACAGACUGGCUGAAUGAAAGAGGGAGAGAGGGGCAAAGGGACUAUAUGAAUGUUUUUACUUGGUCGGGGGAGAUUUGUGUUGCCCAGAGCCACUAUAUUGUGAAAUGGUCAAACUAGAUAGAGGGAGAAAACGCAUUUAAAAAUCGCCCACAUGCGCUGGAUCAAUCGCUGGAUUGGGGAACGGAAUACGAAGAAGGGGGAAGACGCGAGUUUGAAAUCUUUGGAGGCUGGAAGAUGGCGGAGCGGUGUAGUUGGAGGUGGUGAGAGCCUAACUUCGGGACACUUCAAUUUUAUUUGUAGAAAAACUUGCCCCUAUUCGUAGGACACAUGCAGGCCAAAAAACGAUAUUUAUUCCUGCUCUCCGCCGGUGCAUGUCUAGUUCUACUGUUCUACUUUGGAGGGGUACAACUUCCAGCGUCGGGCAGAAACCGGCAUGACCGUAGCCACAAUGGAUAUCGCCCCGACCAGCCGUGGCCACACUUCUCUGACCCUUUACAACAGUUCCUACCCUGGGAUCAACUGGACACUGAGGAAUACAACAUUCACAUAUCGCCGAGGCAGAAGAGGGACGUUAAUACAAGCGUGUACAAAGGCAAAAGAUGUCGCAUGGAUUCGUGCUUUGAUUUCUCUGCGUGUAAAAAGAACGAUUUCAAAGUGUAUGUCUACCCCCAGCAGAAGGGGGAGAAAAUCUCAGAAAGUUACCAGAAUAUUUUAUCGACCAUUGAGGGCUCCAGGUUCUACACCACUGACCCGGGACAAGCUUGUCUAUUCGUCCUGAGCUUGGACACCCUGGACCGGGACUCGCUCUCGCCACAGUACGUGCACAAUCUCAAAACCAAGGUCCAGAACCUUCAUCUCUGGAACAACGGCAGAAACCACCUCAUCUUUAACUUGUACUCUGGGACAUGGCCGGACUACACGGAAGACCUAGGUUUCGACAUAGGCCAGGCCAUGUUGGCCAAGGCCAGCAUCAGUACCGAGAAUUUCAGGCCCAACUUUGACGUGUCCAUCCCGCUGUUCUCCAAGGAGCACCCUAGGACCGGAGGGGACAGGGGUUACCUAAAGUACAACUCCAUUCCACCUUUCAGGAAAUACAUGCUGGUGUUUAAGGGGAAACGAUACCUUACAGGUAUAGGGUCAGACACGAGGAAUGCCUUAUAUCAUGUCCAUAACCAGGAGGAUGUGGUGCUCCUCACCACCUGCAAACACGGCAAGGAUUGGCAGAAACACAAGGACGCACGCUGCGACAAGGACAACGCAGAAUAUGACAAAUAUGACUACAGAGAGAUGCUGCACAACUCCACUUUCUGCCUGGUGCCUCGGGGCAGACGCCUGGGAUCCUUUCGCUUCCUGGAGGCACUGCAAGCAGCCUGUGUGCCUGUGAUGCUGAGUAACGGUUGGGAGCUGCCCUUCUCUGAGAUCAUCAACUGGAACACGGCGGCCGUCAUCGGGGACGAGAGGCUCCUGCUGCAGAUCCCGUCCACGGUGCGCUCCAUCCAUCAGGAUAAGAUCCUAGCUCUGAGGCAGCAGACCCAAUUCCUGUGGGAGGCCUACUUCUCCUCCAUGGAGAAGAUUGUGCUGACUACUCUGGAGAUUAUCCAGGACCGGGUGCUGCAGCAGGAGUCCAGGAGCACCUUGAUGUGGAACAGCCACCCCGGGGGGCUCUUCGCCCUGCCACAGUACUCUGCCCACUUGGGAGACUUCCCCUUCUACUACGCCACCCUAGGUAUAAAACCGUACCCCAAGUUCACGGCAGUCAUCCAUGCGGUCACCGCCCUGGUCUCCCAAUCCCAGCCCAUCCUCAAGCUGCUGGUGGCUGUUGCCAAAUCACAGUACUGUGCACAGAUCAUUGUGCUGUGGAACUGUGACAAGCCUCUCCCUGCUAAGCACCGCUGGCCUGCAACCUCUGUGCCCGUCAUUGUCAUCGAGGGAGAAAACAAGGUGAUGAGCAGUCGCUUCCUGCCCUACGAGACCAUUGUCACCGACGCCGUGCUCAGCCUGGAUGAGGACACUGUACUCUCAACAACAGAGGUGGACUUUGCCUUCACGGUGUGGCAGAGCUUCCCAGAGAGGUUGGUGGGCUACCCGGCCCGGAGCCACUUCUGGGACAGCAACAAAGAGCGCUGGGGCUACACUUCCAAGUGGACCAACGACUACUCCAUGGUGCUGACCGGAGCUGCCAUCUACCACCGAUAUUACCACUUCCUGUACACCAAUUUCCUGCCUGCCAGCCUGAAGGGCAUGGUGGACCAGCUGGCUAACUGUGAGGACAUCCUCAUGAACUUCCUGGUGUCAGCCGUCACCAAGCUGCCACCCAUCAAGGUCACUCAGAAGAAGCAGUACAAAGAGACCAUGAUGGGACAGUCGUCGCGGGCGUCACGCUGGGCUGACCCGGACCACUUCGCCCAGCGGCAGACGUGCAUGAACAAGUUCGCCAGCUGGUUUGGCGGCAUGCCCCUGGUCCACUCCCAAAUGAGGCUGGACCCGGUGCUGUUCAAGGACCAGGUCUCCAUCCUGCGCAAAAAAUACAGGGACAUCGAGAGGCUCUGACAGGACGUGCGCCCCCUGCUGGAAAGGCCGGGGGAGGCGGUAGCGGUAGUAACAGACAGACUCGCUGGAGAGCAGCCGUAGGAGGACCACGACAGUGGCAGUAGGACAGUCAGCCAACCUGGAGCCUGAUCCUAGGGGGGGCGCUACAGCUCUGUCUUCCACUCAGCACAUUGCCAAUGACCACAGGACUUGACAAGUGAAAUUGCGGUCUCUGGAGAACUACGCGACACACACACACACACACACACACACACACACACACACACACACACAAAGGAUAUACAGAUCUAUAGUAUGUUCACAUAAACACACAAACUACUGACAAUGAGACUCUUGGAUAUAAUAUUUUUUUUUGUAUGAAUGCCACAAAAGGAGCGAAUGACGACAGACUUUCCUGUGACUCGUGCAGGACGGUAGAGGAAGGGAGGUGUCCAACAUGACAAUCCGACCUCAGAUCAGAUCCGCCCCGGACUGGUAACCUAGACUCAAUGCAACCCUUCCUAACCUCACCUUGACCCCCUUCAUGACCUCCCUAUGUCUGCUUCAGAACCCCUGACGCAGAACCCCUGACGCAGAACCCCUGACGCACUCACCACCAGCCCCGGACCCUGUAACUAUUUUUUUUCCUUAUUUUUCGAUUCGUACUUCCCUCCCAUGUGUUCACUGGGGUUUGAAGCGUUGGCUGUCUUAUCUUCCUAAGAACUGUUCCGUGAUUUAAUCAAAUUCAGCAUUUGGCGGUCAAGGUCGAGAAUGUAGAGUUUUGUUAUUCUUUUACUGGAAGGACAGUUUAAAAGCCGCCAUUUUCAAAUUGUGCCACUCGUAUUGCCAUGCGGCAGUCACAUAACCCACAGAAACAUGAACUCUAUGCUCAUUCCUUAAAUUUCAGAUAGUUUGAUUUCUAUUUCUGUCAGAUUUAUCACAAUGAUAAGCCUUUUUUUCCUUCAAAACUCUCAAAAGCAGUGUUACUUUUCUUCUCAUGUUUUUAUUUUCUCCUCAAAAGUUCAGCUCCAGUGUGUGUACAGAGGCUAAAAGUAAGCUCAUCCAACCAUAAGCCCAAACAGAGUACUUUCCCUCCGUCGGAAUGAGCAAAAUGAACAUUUCUGGAUGAAAUGGAGCAGAACACUGCCUUCUAAACCAACCCCUUUUCACCCAUUUAUUUCCCCUUUAUUGCUUACGAGCACUACCGUGGCAGAAAAGCAUGCUAAAUUUAGAACCUAAACAGUUCUUUAGCUGCCUGCGUCAUUUCCACAGGAGUGUUAAAGAGAUUUCGGAAAUGUAAAUGUGAAACGCGUCCGUUGUGCCAUGUCCCCGAAAUUCACAUUAGUGCUGCCUUUUUAAAAAAUUGCUUAUUGCACAUAUUUUCCAUAAAUCGAUAUCGAAAGCAGUAGAAGAUAGUAUAUAGUUGAAAUGCCCUCUGUAAUAUUUGUUAUUCUUCCUAGAUUCACAUCGUAAUGAUGCUGGUGAAAUAUAAGCCUCAAAGCCAUUCGAUAGACAGACAUCUCCUUCACCAUUCGUCAGGGGACAUAUGUUUUGUGUUCAAUUAGAGAAAGCCAUUUCAUUUAAAGUGUUGGGUUUCCCUGGGGAGCAGCCCUUGAUGAAACCUUCUGUCUCUAUAUUUCCCAUCAUGUCUGACUCUGCUCUGGAUGCAGUGACCCACAACCUUGACCCUUUGGCUCCAGGUUUACAGAGAAAAGACAACCAGCUCCCCCUCACCUAAGCCUUGUCGUUGUAAUGUUUUUCACUACCGUCUUUGUUCGUCAUUUCUGUUGCGCCAAGUCUUCCUGUGAUGCUGUUGUACUCGCAAUACUAACUCAUCCCAUCUCAACUACAUUUGUCCUGACACAUUUUUUUUGCCAGUCAUUGGUAACAGGUGUAUUGUGGUCGAAUAGGGAAAAAAACGGUUUCUUUUAUUGAUCAAUUUCAAGGAAAUGGCUUCAAGAAAUGUGGAAGUUCAUGGCUGUAUGGUGAUAUCCUAUUGUGAAGAGGCUUUUGCCUUUUUACCACGCCAGAGCCCUGCCAGUCCACUCGAACAGGUACUUGAAUGUCUGAAGACUUGAAGGAGCGUAGUGCGCUUUAGUGACCUUUUUAUUGUGAAGGUGACUGAACUUAAAGGGCCAGUUUCCCGGACACAGAUUAAACAUAGUCCUGGACCCCAAAAUAUUUUCUCAAUGAUGUUCCAUUGAAAGUUAAUUUUAGUUCAGUACUAUGCUGGAUCUGGCUCAGGGAAACCGGAUAAUAGUUUGUCAGCUGUGAGCCAUAGCUCAACUAUCCAUUUUCUUCACCCCUCCCCCCCGUUCUAUCCGCGUCAUUUCUUAUUGAGGUCGUUAUAGACUCCUUCACAUUUGAUUUUGUUUUCAUAUCAGGAUACAAUCAAUGAAGGUCAGUGUCCACUAGGUUUAUACAUGGCCAAUGAGUUGACAUUGUCAUCGGUGGGCCUGGGCUAUCUACUCUUGCCGUUCUCACAAUGUCAUAUGUGAUAUUAUCAUCAUCAACACGUAAUACUACAGUACAGAUUAGAUUUAGUAGCUGGUAUAUUGUCAGCAUAUAGUUUUUUCACUACAUUUUUGCAUAUGUUUUGUAUUUUCUUUCAGGAAAUGUACUCUGGGAGCUGGAGUUUGGAAUGAACUUGUAUGAUUUGAUAUUGGCCAAGAGAGAUUUACGUUGUAUUUGGCGCUGACUUACAGCAAGCCUUGGAUCUCUCGGCACUAGACAUGCAUCUCAAUGGUUAUGAAAAGCGUUGGUCCCCGUUUGAAGUUCAGUAAACCAUCUUUGUUUGAAUUCAUGUCAAGCCUUCUUAUGAUUGUCUGAACGUGUUGUUAUCAUCUCAAAAGAGAAAGUCCCCAGCCUUGCACAUUGACUUCAUAGGUGAAACCAGAGACAUUUCAGAAGAUCUUAACUCAUUUCUGUACAUAAACAUGUAUAUUUAUUUUCAUAUGUGAACAAAACCAGACAGUGUAUAGUAUGAAAUGACAGGGGAAAAUAACAGGAUUUCUUGGCUGAGGGAACAGUUGAUGAGCAAAAAGAUUCUGAUUUCGUAAGUUGUACAUUUCUUUUUUUUCACAUUGUUGUCAAUAUAUAUUUUUUCAUUUCCACUGAAUAAAAACAUCCCUAUGUCGUGUAAUUGCAACCAUUAUAGAAAUACAGUUUCCAUGUCAUUUAAUUCAGAAUCACCAUGGAGACGAGAUGAUACCAAUAAUCUAGAAUUAGACUUGCUGUGAGCAUUUAGAUUCUGUGAACUGUAUUGCGAAAGCAACCAAAGACUAUUUGGAAACCAAUAUGCAGCCGGGUCUCUUGUAACAGAUCGAGGAUUUUUUUGUUGUUGCUGUAAUAUGUGUCUUCUCAGAUUCACUGUAAUGUUUGUCACUGUCCACGUCUGCAUACUCAUUGAUGCUUCUGGGGAAACUGGCAACUCUCUGACCAUAUCUGGUACAAAUAUAGUCAACUCAAAAUGGUAAUGUUGAAUGAAAUAGACAUAUGACCUUGUAAUACAACACUAGAUGUCUCAGUUAAACAUAUCCUUCCAUAAUACCAUAGGAUACCAGCCAUUCUAAUGGUUUAGCAAUGCAUGGCCUCUCGUGUGGUUGGUUGGAUGUGCAGGAUGGUUACUGUCCUUGAUUGUGCCUUUUUUAUUUUUUUUUUAAUAUAAAAUGUUGGUUUGUGAGCUCAUGAUAACACACACACUGCCAUUUUGACCGUUAAGUCAGUCAGAAGAGGAGCACCAUAUAGGGGUCUCGUUAAUCUCGACAUACACUGGAGUUUCAUCACCACUUUGUUUCAUCCACGACACUUCUGUUCUCUGUUGGAUACCAAACUGUGUUGACGACCAACAACGCGCCUGCAUGACCACUUUUUCUAUGGAAUUAUUUAUCAGUACUUAACUGUAUCACAAACAGACAAGCUAUUUUUAAUGACUUAAUUUUCAGCUGUCCUGAUGCCUCCCUCCUACCUUGUAAUUAACAAAUUAAUUUUAUAGGGGUAAUAAAUGAAAUAGAAAAAUGAAGAUUUUGUAAGAAUGAUUUAUAUAAAAAAAAUUACAUUUGAUCAUA